AUGGCAGCAUCCAAAUCUGCAUUGGUUUUAUGCAUGGACGUGGGUUUCUCCAUGUCCCACUCAGCUCCUGGUGAAGAGCCUCCGUUUGAUCUGGCCAAAAAGGUUAUGCAGAAGUUUGUUCAACGCCAGGUGUUUGCUGAGACUAAGGAUGAGCUGGCGUUGGUUCUGUUUGGAACAGAAGACACUAAAAACUCCCUACAGCAGGAUGAUCAGUACGAACACAUCUCGGUGCAUCGCCACCUCAUGAUUCCAGACUUUGAACUUCUUGAGGAAAUUGCAAACCAAAUCCAACCUGAGAACCAAGUGGCUGAUUGGCUAGAUGCGCUUGUUGUCUGUAUGGAUCUACUUCAGACAGAAACAAAGGGGAAAAAAUAUGAGCGACUUAUCAUCGCCCUUUUGACUGACCUGAGCUCUCAGGUCAGCUCUGAUAACCUGGAUAUUAUCAUCGGAAACCUGAAGAAGGCUGGAAUUACCCUUCAGUUCUUUUUGCCAUUUCCUGUUGACAAAGAGGAUGAGGAUGGUAGGAGUGGGGAUGGAGGAGCUCCUGGGGGGCCACCGGGGACCAGAAAAGGUAUGACCCAAGAGCAGCAGCAGGGUCUUGACAUGGUCAAACACAUCAUGCUGAGCCUGGAUGAGGAGGAUGGUCUGGAUGAAGUCUACAGCUUCAGGAAUGCUCUGGAGGAGCUUCACAUGUUUAAGCGUAUUGAGAGAAGACCUAUGGCUUGGCCCUGUCAAUUAACCAUUGGCAGUUCACUACCCAUCCGAAUUGUUGGCUAUAAAUCAGUGACUGAGGAGAAACUGAAGAAAACAUGGCUUACUGUGGAUGCGCAGUCAAACCAAAAAGAUGAUGUGAAGAAAGAGACUGUCUUCUGUCGAGAUGACGACAAUGAAACCGAGGUACAAGCAGAGGACAUUAUUCAAGGUUUCCGUUAUGGCAGUGAUAUUGUUCCCUUCUCCAAAGUGGAUCAAGACCAAAUGAAAUAUCGGCAUGAUGGGAAAUGCUUUGCCGUUCUUGGCUUCACCAAACAAAACAUGAUCCAGCGCCAUCACUUCAUGGGUAAUCAAGUUCUCAAGAUAUUUGCCCCCAAAGAUGAUGAGCAUGCAGGAAUUGCACUGUCAGCUCUCAUUCGGGCACUGGACCAACUCAAUAUGGUUGCUAUAGUGAGGUAUGCCUAUAACAAAGUCAGCAAUCCACAAGUAGGCGCUGCUUUCCCCUGUAUCAAGUCAAACUAUGAGUGCCUGGUCUACGUCCAGCUGCCUUUUAGUGAAGAUCUUAGACAUUUUACUUUCCCUUCUCUUGAAAACAAGAAAUCCACACCUUCAGAAUCACAGCUGUCUGCGGUGGAUAGUCUCAUUGACUCCAUGAUGCUGGUUGAGGAGGAUGAAGAUGGAGAACAUACAGACAUGCUCCAAGUCCAUCACAUUCCAAAUCCGUCCUUUCAGAGGCACUUCCAGUGUCUGCACCAUCGAGCGGUCAGCCCUGGGACAGCUCUGCCCCCGAUGGAACCAUGGCUCGUGGCAGCUUUGGAGCGGCCUGAGGUGGUAAACCAGCGAUGCCAGGCCCCUCUUACUGAGCUCAAGAGGAAAUUUCCUUUGACUGAAGUAGAAAAGAAGAAGACAAAAAAGACAAGUGAACAGAUUUUUGGCAAAGAAUCUGAGGAGACAGAUGCCAAAAAAGCAAAAAAAGAGGAUGACGAGGAAGAAUAUAACCUGGCUGACAUUGCUGAAGGCUCUGUGACCUCGGUGGGAAGUGUUGAUCCGGCACGUGACUUCCGCACACUUGUCAGACAGAAAACGCAUCCAUUUGGUGACGUUUGUCAGCAGCUGACUCACCGGAUAGAGCAGUUGCUUAGCAACAAGAACUCACAGUAUUACAUGAAAAGCUUCACCUGUAUCCAGGCGUUCAGAGAGCAGUCUGUUCAUCAAGGAAAUGCCGAACUGUAUAAUGGUUAUCUUCAGUCCUUGAAAAGAAGUAUCCCAAACAGAGGCCUGGAAGUAUUUUGGGACCUGCUGGUUCAAGACAGAGUCACUUUGAUUAGCAAAGAUGAGGUUGAAGGAAGUACAAUAUCAAAACAAGAAGCUAAUCAGUUCCUGGUUACAGCAGAGAAAGAAGAAGAAAAGGCUUCACCAGCUGUGGAAGACACUGGAGAUGUAGAUGACUUGCUGGACAUGAUGUGA